AUGAAGUCAGUUCAAAUUUCGGGUCCCAUGCUGCAAGCUAAGGCUAAAGAAUUUGCAAACCAGCUUGGGAGAGAUGACUUUAAAGCUUCAAACGGUUGGUUGGAUACUUUUAGAAAAAGACAUAAUAUUAAGUUUUCAACAGGUCAGGGAUUUGUUUAUGAUCCCCCAGAAAACAUUCCACUAGGAAGCAUAUACCCCUUAGAAUUGAUGGAUGAUAGUGCAAAUGAAAAAGUGAAGCCCAAAAAGAGAAAAAAAGAGAAGGUUUGUAAAAGAAAAGACUUGACUAUUGAGGAAAAGGUUCAACUCAUCUUCCAAAGUGAAGGGAAGAGCCAAAGACAAUUAGCAACGAUGUUUGGCGUUGGAAAAUCACAGGUUCACUCCAUCCUUAGGAGAAAGGAUGAAAUUGUGGAAACGUAUAGCAGAACAGGCAAAGGGGGCAUGAAACGUUUGAACCACAGAGCAGAGAAUGAUGACGUGAACAGACUGACAUGGCAGUGGUUCCAGGAAGCUCACACUAGGGGCGAGGUUCAACUCACUGGAGUUCUGGUACAGGCAAAAGCAAGGGAGAUUGCGAAACAGUUGGGCAGAGAUGAUUUCAAGGCCUCAAAUGGCUGGCUGGACAGCUUCAGAAGAAGAAACAAUAUUGUUACCAAUGAACAGAAGAAUCUUGUGAUUUGUGAUGAAAAGGAUAUUUUGUCUUGGAGAGAUAAGCUGCCAGAGUACACAAGGGAGUAUGAGGCAAAGGAUGUGUUCAGUGUGAGCGAGACAGUUUUAUUUUUCACCAGUAUGCCAGAACAGGUUGUAGAUGCAGCUCAGUAUCAGAUCAAGAAGAGGUUCCAGAGUCAGAAUGUGUCUGUAGUCAUGUGUUGCAAUAUCCUGGGAGAAUUCGAAACUCCUGUUGUGAUAGGAAAGCAGGAAAAGACUGAAGGAGAUAUACCAUCAGAUGUGCCUGUGACCUGGAGAUGGAGCACGAGCACGUGGUCAACAGUUGAGUUCUUCACUGAAUGGGUUGUGUCUCUGGACCAGAGGAUGGGAGAACAGGGAAGGAAGAUUGUAUUGUUUGUGGACCGGACACCUCCAGAUGCUACUGAGAUCAUUCUUGAGAAUGUUCAAAUGGUAUGUCCUCCAACUUACUCCAUCCGGCUCCAGCCAUUGUGUCAUGGAGUGGUGGAUGCAUUUAGCGCAACUACCAGAAACGUAUGCUGUCAGCCCUUCUGA